AUGGUAGAUUUGACCGGGACUGCGACUCUAGGGAUUUUAGUUAGUUGUCUGUUCACUUUAAUUUUCUUAAUUGCCAGAUUGGAGCUUCCCUUAACAUUUACGAAUUGAUCCAAUGAUGUCAUGAUUUUGUCGAUUAUUUCCUUCUAUGUGGAUUGCUGGUCUUUAUCGAUAUUGAAAUUCCAGCAAUAUAUGAAUUAUCAAUCACCGCUUCAUCUGCAUUUGCUAUAUAUAUGCCUUAUUUUUAUUGAAUAUUGCGUUCUUACAAUUGGUGGUAAUUGCGCAGUGGAUUAAGAGUUUUCCGUGGGUGUUAGGGUGUUGGGACUCUGUUGAGCGUUUUGGCUGCUCUUGUGUCGGGUUUAUUUUUCAUUUGUUCCUAUAUUACCCGUUCUUGCUAUGGAAACCAUUCGUUUAUGCUUAUAUUUUAUUUCUUUUUAUUAUUUGUGCUUUAUCCGUGUUCUCACGGCACCCGCUGGUGUAUCGAAACCUAACUCUGCAAAACCUGAGGAUGUUAGUCCAGGAGAAGGGUUAAAGAUAAGCAAGUCCGGAUUCAUAAGAAAGGCAGAAAAUUUUUCAGGGAAAGUUGGCAGACGUAUGGAUAUAGGCAACUUUGACGACGAGUACCUGACAGCCGCCAUGCUGGAGUUCGGGGAUAUGAACAGGGAUGGCCUACUGGACUUUGACGAGAUAUUUCGUUUCUAUCUGGCCGUGGUCAAAUUUCCAUUAAAAAAGGCCUCGGAGACCGCACAGAGUUUCAUAAAUCUUGGAGACAGAAAUAAAGAUGGCAAAUUAUCUUUGAGAGAAAUAUUGAACAUUAUGGAUGAAGCCAAACAAAUUGCUAGGGCCCGAAAGCUCAUAAAGAUGGAAAACACUGAGGACCUUUCCGAGGCCAAACAACUUGGUGAGAAUGAAAUCAUUGAGGAGGGCAAAAAUCUUACAGAGGACAAACAACCCCUAAAGGCAGACAACUCUGGUAUAAUGGUGGGUGAAAACAAACUCCAGAGCAGUAGGAAAGACGAAUCUCCGGAGGAACAGAAUGUUGACGAGUUGCACAACUUGCCAAUAGCAAUGAAAUGAAACAUAAAAUUGUGAUACAUAUUAAUCCAAAGGGUGAAAUAGAUCUCUAUUUUUCUGCAUUUCUUUAGUGUGCCCUGCUGGAACAGGAAGGAAAUUUUUGGAAUAUUUAUCAACUCUAGUUGAGGAGAGGUGCUCACUAUUAUCAUAGACUUGAUUGACAUCCAAAAAUAUUUAUUGCAUUGUUUUGUUGCUCGAGUCUUUUCAAUAAAAUUCAAGCAUCGGUGAAAAA